UCAGAUUUUUCCCUCCACUGAAUGUUAUUCARUCGAAUAAGCCGGAAAAUUCUGGUAUCCUGCUAUUCAAAUCGAACCCUAGGAAUCCAAAAACGUCUUCUCUGUGGAGCUAAAAGGAUGGAUAAUUCAUUAACRGGGAAUCAGAUCCGUCAGAUAUUUAUUGAUUUCUUUGUCAAGAACAAUCAACACGUGUUUGUGCCUUCUUCAUCGACCAUUCCUCAUGAUGAUCCUACCUUACUGUUUGCCAAUGCCGGCAUGAAUCAGUUUAAGUCAAUGUUCUUGGGAACAGUUGAUCCUAAUAGUGAAAUGUCAAAGCUCAAGAGAGCUGUCAACAGCCAGAAAUGUAUCCGUGCUGGUGGAAAACACAAUGACCUUGAAGAUGUGGGCAAAGAUGUUUAUCAUCAUACUUUCUUUGAGAUGUUGGGUAACUGGUCCUUUGGGGAUUUUUUCAAGAAAGAAGCAAUAGAUUUUGCCUGGGAACUGCUAACAGAAAAGCUAAAGCUACCAAAAGAGCGCWUGUAUGUCACUUACUUCGGUGGACAUGGUGAGAUUGAAUCUGAUGAAGAAACAARAAAUUAUUGGAUCGCAAAAGGUGUUGAUCCAAGUCGAAUACUUCCAUUUGGAAUGAAGGAUAACUUCUGGGAGAUGGGCGAUACAGGUCCCUGUGGUCCAUGUUCUGAAAUCCACUAUGACAGGAUUGGCAACCGUGAUGCUAAACACCUGGUGAAUAUGGAUGACCCUACAGUAUUGGAAAUAUGGAAUCUUGUCUUCAUUCAGUUCAACAGAGAGUCUGAUGGAAGUCUCAAGCUUCUACCCAGCCAGCAUGUUGAUACAGGCAUGGGUCUUGAGCGUCUCAUAUCCGUAUUGCAGGGCAAGAUGUCAAACUAUGAUACUGACUUGUUCACUCCUUUCUUUGACAAAAUUCACCAGGAAACAGGUGUGAGACCCUAUAGUGGCAAAGUAGGUGCUGAAGAUGAAGGAGGAAUAGACAUGGCUUACAGAGUGGUAGCUGACCAUAUACGAACCCUAACAGUUGCCAUAUCAGAUGGAGGGAAGCCUGAUAAUGUAGGAAGUAGAUAUGUCUUAAGAAGAAUCCUUAGAAGAUGUAUUAGAUUUGCUACUGAAAAAUUGAAUGCUCCUGCUGGAUAUGUAGCAAGUCUUGUUGAUGUUGUUAUUGAAACUUUGGGUGAUUUUUUUCCAGAACUGAAAAAAGAUCCCCAACAGGUCGUUGAUAUCAUWAAUGAAGAGGAAACUCAGUUCUUGAAGACUCUAGCACGGGGCCGUCGCCUCUUUGACAGAACYGCAAACAAAAGAACUGAUAACCACAUCCCAGGAGAUGUGGCAUGGCGUCUGUAUGAUACCUAUGGAUUCCCUGUGGAUUUGACAGAGUUAAUGGCAGAGGAACGAGGCUUUACUGUGGAUAUGGAGGAGUAUGAGGAAGCAAAGAAGAGGGCUCAGGAAAUAGCCAGAGGUAAAGACAGUGCCAGUGAUGAUGCCAUCACUCUAGACGUACACUCUAUUGACAAGCUACAAAAAGAAUUCAAUCUUCCCCCCACCAAUGACCUGGCCAAGUACAACUACACUUCAGAUAAACAAGGGAACUAUGACUUUUCAUCCACAGUCGGAACCAUCAAAGCACUCCUUUACCAAAAAGAGUUUGUCCAAGAAGUACCAGGUGGUGUUCAUUGUGGUGUCAUCUUGGACAACACUGCAUUCUAUGCCGAGCAGGGAGGACAAAUAUAUGACCAGGGAUUCAUGGUCAAAGAAGGAGAUGAGGAAGUUGAAUUAAAAGUGUUUGAUGUUCAAGUUCAUGGUGGCUAUGUGUUACAUGUGGGUGCACUAGAAGGAACGCUUCGAGUUGGUGACGCCAUGAAGUGUAUUGUGGAUGAGGAACGUCGCCGCCUUUGCAUGAACAACCACACAGCUACCCACAUAUUGAACUUUGCCCUACGAAGAAGCUUAGGACAAGAUACUGACCAGCGAGGAUCUUUGGUUGCUCCUGACAAACUACGAUUUGAUUUCACUUGCAAGUCUGCCAUGACAGUCGACCAGAUCAAGGAAACAGAGCUUCUUGSKCAAGAGCUGGUCAUUCAGGACUUACCUGUGUAUGCCAAGGAAGUASCGCUCGCUCAUGCCAAAAAUAUAGCUGGACUUCGAGCUAUAUUUGAUGAGGUUUACCCCGAUCCUGUGCGAGUAAUUUCUGUUGGUUCUCCAUUCGAGGACCUGGCCAACAAUCCUCAGGCAGGAUACAAGUAUUCAGUGGAAUUCUGCGGUGGAACCCAUCUUCAACGAACCAGCCAUAUGAAAUCAUUCGUACUAGUUACUGAGGAAGCCAUAUCAAAAGGUAUUAGGAGAAUCGUUGCCAUCACUGGGCCAGAUGGUGUCAAAGCUCAAAAGAAAUGCGAAGCUCUAGAAAACCAAUUGCAAACAAUCAAGAAGGAUAUCGAAUCUAAAGCCGCUAGCAAUACGCUCAACGUGAAGGAAAGUAGCCAGGAAGUCAAUCGACUCAACGACGAUAUUAGUGCUGCGGUUAUUUCUGCCUGGAAGAAAGACGAAAUGCGUACAACAUUGAAAAAAGUCAAGAAGAUUGUUGACGAUACUGACAAGGCGCGCAGAGCGGCCUGGAUGCAAAACGCUGUAGAUAAAGCAAAGUCAAUUAUUCAGCAGAAACCAGAUAUGAUAACAUGUAUUGAAAUGUUUGACGCAGGUUCCAACACCAAGAUUCUUGAUGCGGCUUUGAAACAAUUCAAAAGUCUUUCUCCAAAAACAGCUGCAAUGCUGUUUAGCGUGGAUAGUGAUAACGAAAAGGCCAUAUGUAUGGCAAUCGUUCCCAAGGAAGUUAUUGAUAAAGGGCUCAAAGCCGAUGAAUGGACCAAAGUAGUUUCCGAGAUUCUUGGCGGCAAAUCGGGAGGCAAAGGAAUGUCUGCCCAAGCAUCAGGACCAAACUUCAAAGAUGUUCAAAAAGCCAUGAAAGCUGCUGAGAAAUUUGCCAAUUCUAAGCUACAAAAUUAAAUUCUCUUGAAUUUCAUUCCUUAGAUUUAUUAACGAAGAAUGUCCCUUGCACUUUGCCACGUGCCUAACCAACAGAGAGCUUCUUGAAUUGAAUUAAGUAAACUUAAAUCCCUUGGCUGUUCCAUUAGGGUAGUUGUAUUGAUGCUCACUUCACCCUGCAAAGGUAGAAAAAAUGUAUGAUCACAACAUUAUAGACUUCUUAAGAACAUAUUUUCUUAGUAUGACAACAGAAAGUAGAACUUUAGUCAUACAAGGACUCCCAAAGAAAGUAACACAAAAGGUCUUUGACAAUUCUGGGCUGCCCUGUGUAGCAUGAGAAAACAAACGUCCUUUCUCUCAGGUUUUUUUUUUUUUGUUUGUUUGCGUGCGAAAAAUAUGAUAUUCAAUGUUGAGUAGUGGUGUUUUACAUGUGUCAAUCUUCUACCUAUUACAUAAUACACCUAAUAUCUAAUAGAUCAUUGAGAUAGA